AUGUUUCUCACAGUUCCAGUAGUUUUAUUCGCAUUGCACAACCUCGGAUCAGUUUACGCAAAAACUGGCCAUAAAAUAGGUUUCUCAGUCGAAGCGCUUGGAAGUUCAUCAGAUGAAGCUGUUAUGUGGAUUCCGAUUUCCUCAUAUGGUCUCAUGAUAUCACAUUCCACCUCACCUACUGUAUCACACGGCCCUCCUCUCAUUGAAGUACCGCAAGAAGAUGACACCGCGGGAUCUCUCUUUUCACCUACACUUUCUAGCGGAGGUUCUCCCUUUGUGUCUUGGGAUGAAGCACUCGUGGAUUUAUUAGAAGACAUGCCUUGGCGCCGGCGCUCUCUCACAGGCUCUCGAGAUAUUGCUAAAAGGAUUGGUGAUGUCCGCCUGAUUCGCCGUGCCGAUGCCAACGGCCCUGAUGAGGUUGAAUUAGCCGUCACUCGUGAACCCAACAUGAUAUAUUCUUCCCGCCGCAGCGUCAAGAAAAACUCUGGACCUGAUCAACGUCGAAUGGUUCGCAAAGCAACUCUCACAAAACGUCACAAGUCACAUGCCCAAGACGCAGCAAAGAACCUUGUGAAUUCAUUUACCAAGGCUUCGAAAGAGAUCAAGGACGUUAUGAAAGGUGCCACAAUUCCAACCACUAUCACUUGGUAUACUGGUCACGAUCUGCUCAAUCCCUAUUGCGGACAUAAAUCAAAAUGGGCUCCGACUGAUGAAUCGUUAGUCAUUGCGGUCACUCAAAAAUGGGAUAAACGACCGGCAUGCGGGGAAUUCUUAGAGAUCUCAAUAAUUGCUAAUGACGGUCGUCGGAAAGGCAAGUCAGUGAUCGCACGAGUUGUUGAUCUUUGUGGAGGAUGUAAACCAGGGGUCUCACAUGCCGAUCUCAGCAAAGCUGCCUUUACACGUCUUUUUAACCUCGAUGUUGGUAUCGUGUCAGGAUUGGCAAUGCGUAAGGUAGCUCCACCUAAGAAGUGGAGCAACAAGCUCUAUGGGCCUCGGGUCUUAUAG